UGGCGCUGCCAUUUGAUCCUGGGUUGGAACAGCUGUGGGACGACCGGUUGCGGUGUACUGGGCGUCUGCGGAGGAGGAGGGGGCUGGCUGAGGCAUGAGGAGAGUUGCCUGGCUUUAGUGGGAUGUGUAGGCGGUGUGCCGCCGGCAGGCCGAUGGGGGAGAGAAGAAGCACCCCGUAAAACGAGGUGACGACGGCGACCAGCCCGGGCGGGAACCGGGACUGGAAGAGCACCUGAGCAGCCGGCUGGUCCGGAGGCUGGGCGGGACCGAGAGGCUUAGGUCCAGCUGCUCCUGCCGAGGAUACAGAGACAAAACAGAAGUUGUCUUUACAUUUCAGAGAGCUGGAGCAGGCAAAGCGAAGUGUGAAGGGAAGGGGUCACUGGAAGUGGUCGGAAGUGGUGAAAGGCUGGCAGCAGGCGGUGGUGCAGGGUACCGAAUCAGAGUCAGAGGGAGGUGUGUGUAGGUAACUGAAGGGAUUAGAAGAGGAAAGAAGGUUAGUGUAAGUGCAAGAGUGAGGCGUGGCUGGAUUCCAGGGUCUAGAGAAGAGGGCGUGUGUAAGUGCAGAGAAGGUAGAGGUAAAUCCGUGGAAGUGGCUGGGGCCCGGAAUCCGAGAGGUGGCAGACCUGGCCGGAAGGCAGAGGAGCGGAGCUCUAAACUUGAGAGUGUUGGGGAAUUGGAAGACUUCGUGGCGAACAAGACUGCGGACUCAGAUCUUGCCCCGGAGAGGGGACGGCGCGUCUGGCAUGUGGGAUCAGAGGCUGGUUAGGUUGGCGUUGCUGCAGCACCUUCGGGCUGCUUAUGGUAUUAAGGUCAAGGGUGGCCAUGGGCAGUGCGAUCGCAAGAAGCGCGAAUCAACAGCCCCGGAAAUUGGGAGUAAAAUAUUUGGAGUCCCUUUUAAUGCUUUGCCCAAUUCUGUUGUACCAGAAUAUGGACACAUUCCAAGCUUUCUUGUGGAAGCUUGCACAUCUUUAGAAGAACAUAUUCAUACCGAAGGGCUUUUUAGGAAAUCAGGAUCUGUUAUUCGCCUAAAGGCACUAAAGAGUAAACUGGAUAACGGUGAAGGUGGCCUGUCCUCUGCGCUUCCUUGUGACGUUGCAGGACUUCUUAAACAGUUCUUUAGGGAGUUGCCAGAGCCCAUUCUUCCUGCUAAUUUGCAUGAAGCACUUUUCAAAGCGCAACAUUUAGGAUCAGAGGAGAAGAACACAGCCACAUUGUUACUUUCCUGCCUUAUGACUGACCAUACAAUUGAUAUAUUAAGAUAUUUCUUUAACUUUCUCAGGAAUGUUUCUCUUAGGUCCAGUAAGAAUAAGAUGAAUAGCAGCAAUCUUGCUGUAAUAUUUGCACCAAAUCUUCUUCAGACAAGUGAGGGACAUGAAAAGAUGUCUGCUAACACCGAAAAAAAGCUACGAUUGCAGGCUGCAGUGGUACAGACCUUUAUAGAUUACGCCUCAGACAUCGGGCGAGUACCCGAUUUUAUCCUGGAAAAGAUACCAGCUAUGUUGGGUAUUGAUGGUCUCUGUGCCACUCCAUCCUUGGAAGUCUUUGAAGAUGGUGACCAUGAAACCCCCAGUGAGUGCAAGAGAAAGCGAAGGCAAAGUGUUGGAGAUUUUGUUAAUGGAGCACUAAAUAAAUUUAAAUCCAACAGAACACCCUCUGUUACACCUCAGCAGGAUGGAACUGCCCAGCUAUCUGAAUCCCCAGUGAUUCUUACACCAAAUGCUAAGCGUAAACUGCCCGUAGAUUCUUCUCAUGGUCUCUCAAGUAAGAAAAUGAAGUCCAUCAAGCACAGUUUUAACUUUGAGCUGUUGCCAAGUAAUCUCUUCAGUGGCAGUUCUACACCAGUCUCAGUACAUUGUGAUACAAGUCCAGAAGGGUCAUCUCAGAGUUCACUGUCUCCUGUCGCUGUCAGUGGAAACCAUUUGGUCAGUGCAGGUGUGCUAAGGCGAAGUAAAAGAAUUGCAGGCAAAAAAGUUUGCAGGGUGGAAUCAGGAAAAGCAGGCUGUUUCUCUCCUAAAAUUAGUCGCAAAGAAAAGGUUCGAAGAUCUCUGCGUUUGAAAUUUAGCCUGGGGAAAAGUAGAGAUUCAAAUGGAUGUUCUGGUGUUAAUAGAUAUGAAAAUGUUGGUCGGAGACUUGCAAGUCAAGAAAGUUUAAAAAAUAGGAUUGAAUCUGUAAAAACAGGACUGCUUUUUAGCCCCGAUAUUGAUGAAAGAUUACCAAAGAAAGGUUCAGUAAAGAUCAGUAAAUCUGAGGAGAACUUAGUGACUCCAGAGCGACUGGAUGGAAGAAGGUACCGGAUGUCGUGGACAGGACUUAGCAAUUCGAGUUUUCAAGAAGUGGAUGCAGAUGAAGCUUCUCCGGGAAUGGGAAAUCUUAAAGUACAGAACUUUUCUCUGGAGCCUGAAAUUACAGUGGGAAAGUCACCUGAUGUACCCUAUAAAUUCUCCCCUUCCACUUCACACAGCAAAACCAACAGCAGUGUAACAGAAAGCUCCCUUAGUGGGGAUGAAAAUAACCUGACCUCAGAGACUUUGGUGAAGAUUCAGAAAGCUUUCUCUGAGUCUGGAAAUAAUCUUCAUGCACUGAUAAGUCAUAGGCAAUCAUCAAUAACUGAUAUGGAAAAAGAAAAAAUGAGUGAAAAUUCUUAUGUAGAGUAUAAAUCAGAGGAAAAUCUUGAAACUAAUGAUUUGACUGUGAGAGAAUCAGAGAAAAAUUGUGAAAACUCUGCUGUUAAAGAUGAAAGUUGUUCUUCAGAAAGAGACUUACCACAUCAAACUCAAAAGUUUGGUGGAGAAACAAUUAUAAAAUGUUACUCAGCUCAGAUGAAGGUAGAACACGAUGGAGACAUUCACUCAGAUGUACAAAAAGAUGAUUUAGUACAGCAAGAGAUCCCUAUUGCUGAGCAAAUGAAGGAAGGGCAGUCCCCGGAAGCUAAGCUACAUACUCAGUCAGAGGAGAAGAAUACAUUCGAUGAGAACUUAAUGAAAUGCACAGCUUCUGGGGAAGACGACCCUAAAUCCUCUUCCCCUCAGCAGAAUGCAUGUAAUAUAACAAACCUGUCAAAAUGUAGACCUGUGAGAAUCGCCAAACAGCAGUCACUGGUGGAAACAGGCAAUAAAACAGGUUCUGAAAGUGUAUGUGUGACAGGGUAUGGGAAGGUUUCAGACCACAUACAGUGGUUUAAUCAGCUUUCGUUAAAUGAAUCCAAUAGAACAAAAGCUAAGUCACCCCUUAAGUUUCAUCGUACUCCCGUCCGUCAGUCUGUGAGGAGAAUUAAUUCUUUGUUGGAGUAUAGCCGAAAACCUGUAAGGCAGAAGUUGACUUACCUUGGUGACACAGCUUCUCCUCUGGUUAAAUCAGUGAGUUGUGACAGUGCUCUUCCUUCUUGUGCAGAAAACACAUCAAAAGAACCCCCUGUCUUUAGUACCAAACUAGGUCCUAGAGAACAGAAGUUUGUAAAGAUGAAGAGGCAUCCAGAUUCUGGAAAUGCUACUCUUGGGUCUGCUACAGUUUGUAAGCAGCAGGUGAUACCUCAUGGCCAAGUUAAAGUUCCCCUGGAGGACCUGACCAAUUAUGAUACAUUAGCAUCUGCUGUGAAGAAGGAUGUGGGCAUUCCUCCUGGAAUAAAAACCAGGGUCCUUAGGAAACCAUCAGAAAGGGAAAGAGCUUGGUACAAAGGUUCUCCAAAAAAUCCUAUAGCAAAGGCUCAGCUACUGCCAACAUGUAAACCUAUAGAUUUGUAACUGGCAAAUGUUAUUCUUGUCAUGAGUAUAAAUAAAAUCAGCAGUUGGUGAUAGGACUUUGCAGAAUAAUGUACAUGUUAAACUUGUAGUGUAGGAUGAUUACUAAGCAACCGGUUUUUUUUGAAGCAUCUUCAUUUCUCUACACAUGUCAUUACUUUGUUUUUCUUAAUUAUGGUAGUAUUUAAACAAAAUUUUUUGUGAUUUCUUAAAGCAGAGGUUACAGAAAUUGUUGGCUGGGUUUGUAAAAAAACUUUUUAAAAAUAUAGCAUGGUUUUCAUUUUGGAUGUGUGAGAAAAAGUGAAGCCAAUUUUGUCUAUUUCUCCAUAUCAUGUAAGGUUUCUUGUAAAACCUAGUGUGCAAAGGGAAAGAGUAAGCCCUGCCAGUCUUGCCUUGAAUUAAAUUAAUGAUUGGUGUAUUUACCAAAUCCCUAGGAACUAAAGUGCUUUAAUAGUCUAUGCAUUACUCAUGUUUGAUGCAGAAUAGUUUGGUGCAGAUCUCCUGUGCCUGUAUAGUGUGUCCGCUUGAAAUAAACAAUAGCUAAAGCAGAAUGAUCAUGGAAAUGUGCUUUUACAGUGUAGAACUAAUUGAUUACUUUUAAGCCAUACUUUGUUCUUAAAGGUAAUUUGCACAAAUACAUGUGUUUUUUUUUUUUUGUCUGUUAUAGAAAUGAAAUUAUUUAAGGAAAAACUUGAAAAAAUAGUCAAGGUGAUUUUUUUUUUUUUUCUGUGCAGAUGCUUGACUUUAGAACUUGAAUAGUUGAUUCGUCUCUGUAUAUUGUACUCAGAUAAAAAAAUUAACGAUGGUCUUGUGUGUAAAUGUUAUUUAUUUAGUGAAGAUAUUAAAGAUAACUUUCUGGAAAAUGA